AUGUAUAUCGUCAUGGAGCUUUACACUGGUCCCGAUCUGUUUGAUUACAUUAUAAGUAAUCGUCCCGUCACGGAAGAAAAGGCUGCUUUCAUUCUUGAGCAAAUUUCGCGCGCCACAAACUUCCUGCAUACGCAGGGUGGCAUGCACAGAGAUCUAAAACCGGAGAAUUUCAUGUUCGAGAACGACACUCCUGGCGCGGCGUUGAAGUUGGUUGAUUUUGGUAGUACUACGGGGAGUCGGUGCGCGCACUUGGAAGAAUAUCUUUUUCAUA